UUUUUCCUCCUUUCUGCCUUACAAUAAUUUUUACUACAUCAACUGCCUCUGGCGACGAUCAUUGCCGAUUGUUUCGUAGAUACGGCUACAUCUCGCGCACCGAACAAGCACUUUUGCUCAUCGACAUUUCAGUCAGCCGUUAUUCGUCGGAUUGAUCAGUGUCUUUGGUCCGAUCUUAUAACUUAGAAAGAAAAGCAUUCUAUUUUCCUUAGUGUUUCUUUUGAGUUGUUCCAUUAAAUUAGACAAUAAAAAUGGCUGAUGAAGAAGCAAAGAAGGCCAAGCAGGCUGAAAUUGAACGCAAACGUGCUGAAGUACGUAAGCGUAUGGAGGAAGCCUCCAAAGCCAAGAAGGCAAAGAAAGGUUUCAUGACACCAGAAAGAAAGAAGAAACUUAGAUUGCUGUUACGUAAAAAAGCCGCUGAGGAAUUGAAGAAAGAACAAGAACGCAAAGCAGCCGAACGUAGACGUAUCAUUGAGGAGCGAUGUGGCAAACCAAAGGAUCUUGAGAGUGCUAACGAAGCUGAGCUACAGACGAUUUGUAGAGAAUAUUGGAAUAAAAUUGCUCGAUUGGAGGGUGACAAAUAUGAUUUAGAAGUUAUUGAGCAAUUUAAGAAAUAUGAGAUCUCCGAUCUUAACGCUCAAGUCAACGAUCUUCGUGGUAAAUUCGUCAAGCCAACUCUCAAGAAGGUUUCCAAAUACGAGAACAAAUUCGCCAAGUUACAAAAGAAGGCUGCCGAGUUCAACUUCCGCAACCAACUCAAAGUUGUCAAGAAGAAGGAAUUCACCUUGGAAGAAGAAGAUAAGGAGAAAAAACCAGACUGGUCCAAAGCUAAAGAUACUAAGGUAAAGGAUGACUCAGCAGCAGAAGUCGAAGCCGAAGCAUAAAUCACAAAAUAAUUUUACUCCUUCUUUCUAAUUAUUUUUUUUUGCCAAAUUUAUCGAAAAAAAUUUUCAUACAAAUUAAUAAUUUUUAUCUUAAAAAAAGAAUAAUGAGAGAAAUAAUUUUUUUGAGCAGUUAUGAAGGCUAAAUAAGAACUGUUGCACAUUCAUAAUGAUGAAAAAAGCACAUCAAUAUUACAUACAAUACAUAUUAUACAUACAUAAAUUUAAUUAUUAUGCAAAUUUUACAAUCUAAUAUGUUUAUUUUCAUUUAUUUAUUGAUUGUAUAACAUAACAUAUGCUAUGACUACACAUAAUAUUUGUUCUUAAUGUUUCUUUGAGUUGGUUUUUUUUUAUUUCUCAUCAAAAAAAAAACAGUCAUAAAGAAGAAUUGUCAAUUGUUUGCCCACAGAAAAAAAUUAUUUAAAAAACAUAAAUACAGUAAGGUAAUAAUGCGUUUAUACUCAAAAGAACAUCAAACAAUUUUUGCAAUUAAUUCUUAGUGAUUUUUUUGCAUUAAUAAAAUUUAAGUGAAAAUAGAUGAAAGGAAGAUUUUCUUUUUUUAAUAAAUGCUGAUAUUUCCCACACGAGAUUUAUUGUUUAAGGCACUUAUGUUCAGGUAAUAUAAAAUUUUCAUUGACAUUGUAUGGUCGAUCACAAUUUACCAACAAAAAGUCUUUUAAUAAAAUCUACAAAAAUGUAUUUGAAUUAACAAAAAAAAAAAAAAUCAAUCAAAUUUGUGGAGUUUUCUUGUCAUUAAUUAGCAUUUAUUUGUACAAAUGCCUCUAAAUUGUUAUUUUGAUCCUCAAUAUUAU